AUGAAGUUACUCAUUGAACAGAAGAGGCUGCUAAAAGAUUAUACAAAGCUGCAGAAGUGUAUGGAAAUGAAAUUUUAUGUUUCAGGAUCUACUUCUGCACUAGCCGAACUGGUUUCAGAAGUCACCAGCAGCAACGGAGGAAAAGAUGAGUCUGAACAGAAUUCGCAGCCCCCUUUCUCCUCACCGAGUUUCCGUCCAAGGCACGCCAGGCCCGGGAUCUCAAGGAAAGGAAACCUGGGCAGCGAAAAGGAAACCGGGAGAAAGCUCAGCGGUACAGGGGCUGCCGGCGCCCUCAGGCCUCUCAGGGCCACAACUCCAGCAAUACCCCCUCGCGGGUCACAAAAGCCCUCUGAGGUCUUCCCACCGCAGGAGCCCAGGAAGGCGGACGCGGGGCGGGCCCCGCGGGCGGCGCGUUGUGAUUGGGCGCCCCGGAGCCCGCCCCCUCAUGCCGGAGCGUCGGGAGGGGGCGGGGCCAGCCGCCUGCUCGGCUCCGGGUCUGCGGGCGCCUAUCGACCCAGAGGCCGCUGCGCCGCGGCUGUCUUCUGCUUGUGGCGGGCAGUGCGGGAGCGCAGAGUGGCGCUGGAGAACCGGCGUUUCCUUUCGCAGCUGCCUCCGCCAUCUCCGCGUUUGCGAGGCUGGAGGUGGGGAGGGGACUCGCGGCUGCAGCUGGAACGGGCUUCUCUCCGGGGACAGUCCUUCCUUCGCUCUCCUUUUCCUCCUCCGCGCGCCGCCACCGCCCGCCCCCUGCGCCCUCCCAGCGCAGUCCGGGUCCAAGAGGGGAGAGGAAGGGACGGCGGGGGGCGGGAGAGGCAGGCGGGCGGACGAGCGCUCGGAGGAAACUCCUGCCCGACCCGUGCGUCCCCGCGCCCGGGGUGUACCCNNGCCCGGCCUCAGCAGCGGCAGGAAGGGGCUCAGUCGGGGGAGGCGGGGGCGGUGCCGUGGGGGCGGGCCCGGCCGUCCCGGCGCUAAGUUGUAGGGCCCGGCUCCUCCCGACCUGAUUUCCUUUCCCCACG